AUGCUGACUCGGCCACAGCUUGUCAAUGUCGGCGGCGUCAUAGCCAUAUCCCUGGCGGUCACUCACGGCCUGGGGCGGCGUGAGUCGAAGCUGACUGAAGCCCAAGUGUCAAAAGCCGGUCAGGAUGUGUUUGCCUCGUCGAUCAUGUAUAUCCUGGCCAUUUCGCUGGCAAAGCUGUCUACUCUUAGCUUCAUCGAGCGGGUUGUUCCAGCAAACAAGUAUAGAGGCGCGAUCAAGGGCUCCCUGAUCUUCUUGCUGGCCUGGACGGUGGUAUCAAUCAUCGUGUAUGGAUUCCAGUGCGGCGCCUCUGCACCUUGGGACCCGCGUUCCACUGCAAAGUGUUUCAAUAUAGUCGCAUUCUGGUCGGCUGCCACUGGUAUAGACGUGUUCACCGACCUCUGUCUGAUUGUGGUGCCGGGAUGGAUUUUAUGGGACUUGCAGAUGAACAAAAUACAGAAGAGAAUCGUCUUUGGCGUGUUUGCCAGCAGAGGAGUUGUUAUAGCAGCCUCUAUCCUGCGAGCAACAUAUCUUAAGCACAUCGACGGCUCAGGGGACUCCAUGUUCGACAGCGUCCCUUAUCAUGUUGCAACGCAGUGCCAUGCAAUGCUCAACACGAUCAUUACCUGUCUCCCAGGCUUUAAGCCAUUUAUGGACAGGGCGAAUACUGGUCUACUUAGCAUCUCCUUCAAAAGCCGUUUGGCCGGCGGAGUGUACGAUAAUACGUUUACCGAAUAUGCCAUGACCAGUCUGAGGCGCGUUGUCCAUCCGCGUGGAAUAGGGGCUUCGGGUCAGCGGCAGCUCAAGAGCGUCAAGGGCUCGAUACAGAACAAACUCGGGGGCACGCAGCGGUCGUUUCGCCCGGAUGAAUACAGCCAGCAUGCGGACGCUUUCUCGGACAGCAGGAUACUUACUGAAAGCCGGUCCCAGAUUGAAGAGGAAGGGCCCGAUAAACUCAUCAUCCGGUACACAACGGACUGGACCGUCCAUGUGCAGGAUGAACACCGCUCGAAUUCUGAUGCAGCGAGUCGAUAG